CUUAAACCUGUUAUUCACUUUCCCGGCAAAGUAAUAUUUACGGGAAACAAUUUACCCUACCAUUUCUCUCACCCACGCAUCUCACCCAUCUCUCUCUCUCGUCCAGACCCAGCCUCUCUCUCGUCCAGACCCAGCACCGCUUCCGUCGAGGACGCCGCCGCCGCCUUCCGAUCCACCACGCCGUAGCCGGACUUUCCUCUGCCGCCACCACCAGAGAAAUGAGAGAAAGCAAGGGUGUUGUUGGUCUAUCAUGGGAACCAAAGCUGCCAAACUUGUCGUCGGCAACUUCAAGUGGCUCUAGUUCUUACACUAAAGCUCAAUCAACUCAGCCCGAAAGCAGUGUACUUUGGAAAGCCAGUACAGAGCUUGUGGAUGGUCUUUUUGUUCCGCCAAAUAACCAAAGAAAGUUGAACAAGUUACUACGAAAACAAGUCAAAGAUACUACUGGGAGUAGUUGGUUUGACAUGCCGGCACCAACCAUGACUUCAGAACUGCAGAAAGACCUUCAAUUAUUAAAGUUAAGGAAUGUGAUGGAUCCGAAGAGGCAUUACAAGAAGGGCGAGUCAAAGUCAACCAAGUAUUUUCAGGUGGGAACAGUGAUAGAGUCUCCAUUAGAUUUCUUCUCUGGUAGAUUGACCAAGAAGGAAAGGAAGGCAUCCCUUGCCAAUGAGCUGCUUUCUGAUCGUACACUCAGCGAGUACCGAAAGCGCAAGGUUAGAGAGAUAGAAGAAAAAAAUCAACCAGCUGGGAAUGAAAAAUGGAAGAAUAAAGGCAAGCAAACCAUGAAGCGUGCAAAACAAAGAAGACACUGAAUAUGUUUAUGAUUUUGAAACUGACGGGAUCCUUCGACAUCCCUGCCUGAGAAGAUUCAUUUGUAAUCUGUGCUUUCUUCGCCUGAACCUCGUCGCGGAUGAACACGACGACCAAGCUUUCACAAAUACUGGACGGUAAUGGACGGGAGAUAUGACUAUGUGGGUGUCUCGUUUUUGUUUCCCCUUAUAAGUUGAUGAUAUAUACUUGUAUGUCGAUGGUAUUUACUUGGUUUCCAAUGUUUAUUUUUUUCUUGUUCUGUUCAAGGCAACACAAUCUUACUCUUAGAUUUAUUUUUUCUUUCUUUCUUUUCCAAGUUAAUUGAUUAUUAGGGCAAAACGGUCUUUUUCUUUUUCCGCUUGACGGUUAUUAAAAUUUGGGUAGAAAUGUCUGCAUGCACGUCAGGUAAUGUGCUUCUUUGUCA